UUAUGAUGCGGUUUCCCGUGACAUGUUUAACGGAAGCGUUUUCUAGGAGCAUUGAGGAGUAACAGCGGCUUUUAAGCUAAGCGGAAGCGAAUGAGGCUCGAGCAAGGUUAACCUGGAGUACCUGUGCACUGCCUGAAAGGUGCAAAUCUACAAUUUAGACACCUGCAUGUUGACAGUCGUUCUUCCCAGCUACCUUUGUUAUACAUUAAAUGGUACUUCUGUUUCUGCACCUUUAUUUAGACUCAUUUCAUAAACAAUGAGCACAACUCAAAGAAAACGACAUAGUGGAACAUCUUCCAAUUCCAGGCGGACAAGUAAAAGAAGACGACACAGAUAUACAUCUUCCAGGAUGGAAAAUGAAACUGUACAGGUUUUAGACAGUAGUAUGUUGGAUAGUGCAGAAGUUGUUGACCUAACACGUGAUGCAUCUGAGCCAGUGGUUGUAGAUCUCACUAACAAUGAUUCUGUGGUGAUUGUCGAUGAAGGUCCCAGGAGCAGACGGUCCGGUGGAAGUGAAAGUUAUGUCGUCAGCAGUGAUGAAGAGGAAACUGCAGCAGCAGAGGUUUAUAUGGCAGAUAGACCAAGACUUGAGUUUGUACCACCUACGUACAGUAGCACUUCAAGGGCCACACCAGGAAACAUUAUGUGUCCAAUCUGCAUGGAUUCUCAUACAGAGAUUAUUCAAAGUGGACGUUUGUUAGUGUCUACAAAAUGUGGGCACUUAUUUUGCAGUCAGUGUCUUCGUGAUGCAAUCAAGCAAGCACACACGUGCCCUACUUGCAGAAUGAAGCUAAAUCACAAACAGUACCAUCCAAUUUAUAUAUAGCAAUAUUUUUCUUGCUGGCAAGAACUUUACAAAUUAAACUAUCAGAGCUGGUAACUUAAGAUAUUUAUGGAACAGAACUUUGACUAUGUUCUAUGUAACUGAAAGAUUUGAAUAUUCCAGUACUCACCAUUUUUGAAAUAGUUGGAUUUUUGUAUUUGCAAAAAUCUUUGCUUAAUUAGUCGUAUUUACCCUUAACAUUUUAUGAUAUAAUUGCCAUUUUUAUAGACUGACACACAUUUGGUAAUGUAUUUCAUGAUAUAAACAAAAUGUGUCACUAAAGAAAUAUUUUACUUAAUGCAAAUUUCAUGUUAACACCUCCAGUUAAUGUGAUAUUUUCUUAUUAAGGAAAAAAGGCCAGUCCCCUUUUACAAGCACUUGUUUGGCAGUAUAGAUUCAUAGUUUUGGAAGCAGACAUCAUGAAAUGCAUUACUAAAUUGUGAAAUCCUGAAUUCUGGUGGAAUUUGUAUAUGGCUUUGGAUUUGCUUAAUUUUGCUUUUUUAGUUUUAUGUAUUUAUAUACUUAUUUUGAAAGAUAAUACAAAACAUUUGUAAUUGGGAAACAAAAAUCCUUAAAAGGAAAACAUGACAAGUUCAACUGUACAGCUGUUUGAAUAAUUUAACUCAUUAUAUAUUUUUUAUUGUAGUGAUUGGUAAUAUACCUUUAUGUCAAAUGAUUUAUCUUAUAAUUUAUCUUGUACCUACAUCUUUGAAACAUUAAAGCAAUAGCCACUGCUUCUUCAAAACAAGAUUCACAUGUGCUUUGCCUUAUGGUCUUGUUUAAAGGUCUUAAAUUAUUUUAGGGUAUUUAUAACUUAAUCCAACUUAAGUUAUUUUAUGACCCUUUGCACAUGUAUUUUUAUUUUCACAGUUUGAUUACAAUUUAAAAACAUGAUUUACUCUGGAUUAUGAUUUUAGAAGGUAUUUGUUAAUGUACAACUCUUACAUCAAUAGGUACGCUGAAACAAUCAAGUUUUUUUAUCAAAGUAAAAAUUCUUUUACGGUUAUCCAUUAAUUUGUUAAUUAUGGUGGAUUUAAAUUGAUGAUUAAAGCAAAAUAACAAAUCCAGACCCACUCAUCGAUGUAUGUCUAAUGAUAUCUUUUAUCCAAAAAUAAUUUUUUUUAUUUUACAGCAGGGUUUUGAAAUGGUGUUAUACAGAAUGUGAUUUUUGACAGUAUCAUUGUGUGCAUUAAAACAUGCCUAAAAUUGGUCUUUAAAUUUAGUUUUAAUUCUGACUCGCUUAACUAAUGUAGCGUUUAUGGGAAAACCAGAGAUGCCAUAUUUCAAAAUUAAUCUUUCAUAGUAACUCUAAGGUCGAUUUCUCCUUAGCUGACUCAGUUUAAAGCCUUAGCAAGCAAUAAUAUAACCUUUAAGAGUUGUAUAUAACAAUCUUUUCAUGGAUCUUGUUUGAAUUACAGCUGCUUGAUUUGAUGGGCUCAAAAUUCAUAUUGUUUGCUCAUCUAAAAUUAUUGAAGUGUCUGGUUUCAUUUAUUGUUGAUGCAAAUUCUUUUGAAUGUUGUACAUAUAUUUUUUUCUCCUUUGCAAAACAUCACUGAGAUAUAAUCACAACUGAAAUGUGUAAUGAAUCUUAAAAAAAAAAAAA